CGGUUGAGUUGAAAAGGCUGGCGCGUACUCGUCAACGUAUACCGCGCGUGGAGUGUUUUCGUGUCCUCUCCUCCUCACUUAGACAAAGUUUUGUGGUUUGUGAUCCGACACAAAGUUCUAAAAUCGGGGGACGUUCGAAGAAGAGUCAUUAGAUCGUGAUCGUUAUCGGAUUGAUUUUUAAUAAUGGUGAAGGAGACGGAGUUUUACGAUGUACUCGGCGUUAGCCCCACCGCUACGGAGGCCCAGAUUAAGAAAGCCUAUUACAUCAAGGCACGCCAAGUUCAUCCAGAUAAAAACCCUAAUGAUCCUCAGGCUGCUCAUAAUUUCCAGGUGUUAGGAGAGGCCUACCAAGUACUAAGUGAUCCAGGGCAACGUCAGGCCUAUGACACAUGUGGGAAGUCAGGGAUUUCAACUGAGAUCAUUGAUCCCGCGGCAAUAUUUGCUAUGCUUUUUGGGAGUGAACUUUUUGAAGAAUACAUUGGGCAGCUUGCUAUGGCAUCAAUGGCUUCACUUGAUAUCGUCACUGAAGGGGAUCAGAUUGAUACUAAGAAGCUUAUAGACAAAAUGAGGGCUGUUCAGAAAGAAAGAGAAGACAAACUUGCUCAGAUUCUUAAGGACCGCCUCAACCUAUAUAUGACGAACAAAGAUGAAUUUGUUAGCAAUGCUGAAGCUGAAGUAACAAGACUCUCAAAUGCAGCAUACGGGGUGGAAAUGUUGAACACAAUCGGAUAUAUUUAUGUAAGACAAGCGGCAAAAGAGCUUGGGAAGAAAGCUAUUUAUCUCGGUGUACCAUUCGUUGCUGAAUGGUUUAGGACGAAAGGCCACUUCAUCAAAUCCCAAGUAACAGCUGCAACAGGUGCAUACGCUUUAUUCCAGCUGCAAGAGGAAAUGAAAAGGCAGCUAAGUGCUGAAGGCAAUUAUACCGAGAAGGAACUGGAAGAGUAUAUGAAAACCCAUAAGAAAGUGAUGAUUGAUUCUCUGUGGAAGCUCAAUGUUGCUGAUAUCGAAAACACUAUCUCCCGUGUUUGUGAGCUGGUACUUCAAGAUCCCAAUGCCAAGAGAGAAGAGCUUCGUGGAAGGGCCAAGGGGUUAAAAACUCUAGGGAAGAUCUUCCAGAAGAACAAGAUAGCCAGUGAGAGUGAUCCUUUAGUAAGAGCAGAACUUCACAAACUAAACGGAAAUGGUCAAGACCAUGAAAAUGCAUCCACAUCACCAAAAUCCGAUGAAGCAUCUCGUUCUAAAGUUGGACCUCAGGAACCGCAGAGCCCUUAUGUGGAAACACCGACGCUUGGAGAAGAGCAAUUCAACCAGUACUUUCCAAGGCCUGCGCCGCCUCCAGGAGCACAGAGACACUCUUAAAGCUGCCAAAAGGAUUUGAUUCAGAUAAGAGAUUGCGCAAAGACUAUAUUCCGCUUUUGUACUAUAUAUAAUACAAAGUCUUUAUGCAUAUUUGAUAUAUUUGCAGGCGGUAGUAACCAUUAUGUAAGUUCUUUUUAUGUUUGUUAGAAGAAGAAAUUAUUGGAUCUUUUGGAAAAAAAGGCACAUGAAAUCUCAUUUUAGACAAUGUAUAAUGUUGUUUUUAUUUUGAUUUAUAUAUGAAUAUAGAUGAUGUUUGGAGAUCA